GGCGCCGUGCCGCGGCGCGCCGGCGCAUGCGCGGUGCGGGUCUCCUUGGCGGUGCAGGAGGGCGAGCUGCGGGCCUGCAAGGAGAGAGAUCGGGACAAGGAGAAGGAGCGGGGGUCGCCGCCGCCGCCGCCAUGUUCCUGUGCGCUCCCCUGCGCGCCGCGGCCGCACGCUCGGUAAGACAGGUCCGAUACCUGCACAGAACAGCAGCACAAAAUGCCACUGGAGCCUUAUUUGUGCACAGAGAUAGUCCUGAAAAUAAUCCAGAUACUCCGUUUGAGUUCACACCUGAAAACCAAAAGCGAAUAGAAGCGAUCAUAAAAAACUACCCAGAGGGACACAAGUCUGCAGCUGUCAUGGCAGUACUGGAUUUGGCCCAAAGACAGCAUGGAUGGUUGCCCAUAUCAGCUAUGAACAAGGUUGCUGAAGUUUUGGAAAUGCCUCCCAUGAGAGUGUAUGAAGUAGCAACCUUCUAUACCAUGUACAACCGCAAACCUGUUGGGAAAUACCAUAUUCAGGUCUGCACUACCACACCGUGCAUGCUGCGGGACUCCGACAGUAUUUUAGAAGCCAUUAAGAAGAAACUCGGUAUAAAAGUUGGGGAAACAACACCUGAUAAACUCUUCACGCUGAUAGAAGUGGAGUGUUUAGGUGCGUGUGUAAAUGCACCAAUGGUACAAAUAAAUGACAAUUACUACGAAGAUUUGACACCCAAAGAUAUUGAAGACAUAAUUGAUGAGCUAAAGGCUGGCAAAGUUCCCAAGCCAGGCCCAAGGAGUGGACGUUUUUCUUGUGAGCCAGCUGGUGGCCUUACUUCUCUGACUGAACCACCCAAAGGACCAGGCUUUGGAGUUCGAUCUGACCUCUGAGCAUUUUUGUAAUAUAAGAUGAACUGUCUGAAAAUAAUAAAGUAUCUGUAAUCUAAGUAAA